CAGCUGGAGAUAGCGGUUUCCACCCCAGCCACGUGAGAUUUUGGGUUUGCUGACAUCAUCUCUCAGCUCCCUUGGUGUUGAGUCCGAGCGGUGAGCAGUGGCUGCAGCUCCGGGCCUGAGGCAGGGACCAAUCGGAAGGAAUGAUGUAGCAGAAUCUCCCUCUCUACCUUCGCCAGCCUGACCAUGUGGACGGAGCCAGGCAUGGUUGAGACCCUACACGACACAGUCCCUCUUAAUUUCUCAGAGAGGAGGAGAAGAGCAAGGAAGAGGGAGAGAUUGAGACUGAAAGAUGGCUGCCAGAGAGGCACCUGGAGGCUAAUGUACUGAUCCCCAGCUGGUGCCGAUACGUGAGAGUGAUCUAUGGGCGUUAUUUCUGCGUAGAGCCCACGUCCUCUCCUAGCUCUGGGUGCAGAGUCCCCAACUGUUUCCUGGCACCUUUACAGAGCCAAAGAGCAAACAAGUGAACACAAAUCUCUAUGCCCAAGUGCGAGGCUGGUUUGAGCAGGGCCCUGGGGACAUCCAUUGUGGGCUCCAGCAGGACCCUCUCUCCAAGCAGCUGCAGAGCUCAGACAGAGCUGGCCCAUCAUGGGGGCCCAGACGAGAGAGGACUGAUUGCCCGCGUCUCCUUGCCAUGAGUCCAUGUCAGAACAGCACAGCUGCUCUGAAAGGCAUGGGCUGCAAACCACAAAUGGUGCUCGUUGGGAUGGUGCUCACCGUACUCAUUGUGGUCACCAUCUGCGGCAAUGUGGUUGUCUGCCUGGCUGUCUCCUUCAACCGCAAGCUCCGCAGCCUGACAAACUGCUUCAUCGUCUCCUUGGCCAUCACCGAUCUGCUGCUGGGCCUCCUGGUGCUGCCUUUCUCCGCCAUCUACGAGCUCACGCGCGAGUGGCACUUCGGCCCCACCUUGUGCAACAUCUACACCAGCCUGGAUGUCAUGCUGUGCACGGCCUCCAUCCUCAACCUCUUCAUGAUCAGCAUAGACCGGUACUAUGCCAUCACAGCCCCGCUCCGCUACACCCAGCUGGUCACCCCUCUGCGGGUGGCCGUGGCCAUGUUCGUCAUAUGGGUGGUCUCACUGAUGGUCUCCUUCCUGCCUAUCCACCUGGGCUGGAACACCAAUGGCACCGGCGUGCAGAACAUGGGUGUGAACGAUAGCUUGGUGUGCAAGCUGGCGGUCAAUGCCGAGUAUGGGCUGGUGGAUGCCUUGCUCACCUUCUACCUUCCCUUGGUUGUUAUGUGCAUCAUGUACUACCGCAUUUUCCGAAUAGCCAGGGAGCAGGCCAAGAGGAUCAGCCAUGCCACCUGCUGCAAGGUCGCCAGCCCUGCGCUGCUCACUGUGAAAGAGCACAAGGCCACAGUGACACUAGCAGCUGUGCUGGGGGCUUUCAUCAUCUGCUGGUUCCCUUAUUUCACAGUAUUCACUUACCGAGGGAUGAAGGGGGACAAGGUGGAUGACAUGUCCCAGUCCAUAGUUUUAUGGCUGGGCUAUGCCAACUCAGCCCUGAACCCCAUCCUGUACGCUGCUCUAAACAGGGACUUCCGGACAGCCUACCAGCGCCUGUUCCACUGUCGAAGGGUGGGGCCCCUCUCCAGGAGCACUCCCCUCACCCCCACACAUCUGCCCCACGCCAGGGCGAGAGCCCGCAAGCAAGCACGGUGCAUGCAGGAAGAAAAGCCUCUGAGGAUGCAGGUGCGGAAUGGGAAGAACUCACUCACUCGAGAAGCCGCAGAAAGGAGUCCCGCCCCAUCUGGCUCAUCGUCCUCCACCAUCCUGUCCUGCUGGAGAGGCCUCUGGCUGGCCAAGUUCCUUCCCAAGGGGGGCAUGUGGAUCCCAGCAUGUGAGGAGCCGGCGACAGAGCUGCAGAAGAGGGUGAAGCCCCCAGGACCCCCUAGGGUCAUUUACUGUGUCUUCUCCUGAGCCAAGAUGCGUGGCCCAGGCGAGUGCUGAACGCCAUCAAUACCGGGCAAGCCUUGCUCAGGACCCAGAGACCCAGCCGAGCACCACGUCCAGCAUCUCGCUCUCCACAGGCGGAGCACUUUGGGGGGUGUUUGCAAACCCAGGGACAUGGAUCUGUAACAUAAUCCACCCUUCUGUGUGGGCACGACCCUGUGUGGGCACGGUUGUGGGUGUAUGUGUGUACACACCCCUGUGUGGGCACGGCUGUGUGUGUGUGUGUGUGUAUGCACCCCUGUGUGGGCAGGGCUGUGGGGGUGUGCGUGUGUACGCACCCCUGUAUGGACACGGCUGUGGGUGUGUGCAUGGGUGUAUGUGUAUAUGCACUCCUGUGUGGGCACGGCUGUGAGUGUGCAGGUGGGUAUAUGUAUUUACGCACCCCUGUGUGGGCAAGGCUGUGGGUGUGCACGUGGGUGUAUGUGUGUACACGACCAUGUGGUUGUGAGUGUGCACGUGGGUGUAUGUGUGUACGCACUCCUGUGUGGGCACGACUGUGGGUGUGCAGGUGGUUGUAUGUAUGUACACACCCCUGUGUGGGCAUGGCUGUGGGUGUGCAUGUGGGUAUAUGUGUAUACACGCCCAUGUGGGCAUGGUUGUGGGUGUGCACGUGGGUGUAUGUGUGUACACACCCAUGUGGGCACAGCUAUGGGUGUGCACGUGGUUGUAUGUAUGUACACACCCCUGUGUGGGCAUGGCUGUGGGUGUGCACAUGGGUGUAUGUAUGCGCACACUCCUGUACAUAUAUAUAUGGGUGGGGACAAAUUAAAUUAUUUACAUCUGGGGAAACAAGCCUCUCCCCAGAAUGACACUGCUUGUUCUCUGCCUCUCCUUCUCCCCACCCGCCCCACCUCUCCUGGCUAGAUGUGGCUAGGUCAGCCUGUGAGCUCACAGGGCCAGGAACCGUGUAGGGUCAAUUCAGUAAGAUGUUGUGAGCCAGAUAAACAGUGCGGAAGAGAGGGAGGAGCCGGACACUUGGGGCUGUGCCAGGGCAGGUACAACCCACCGGAAUGGGGUGUUUGGGGCUGAACCCCCUGUGUCCCCACAGCCCAGUGCAGCUGGCGCUAUAUCACGAGGCCACCUCAGGUUCCCAGGCUCAGGCACCAUUUUCUCUUGUCUCUGUUGGGGAGAUGCUGUUCAUGGCUCCUGAUAACCUGAGGCCUGGUGUCUGGGCAGCACCAUGUGCUACCGAGGCAUCAACACGUCUGCAUGGUGCCCUCGGGCCAUGCCAAGCCUCCUCCCCAGCUGAGGAGAUUUUCCAGCUCAGUCCCAGGGUGAGGUGCAUCCUGAAGGUCUCCUAGUGCGAAGCCCGGCCCCGCUGAGCUGAUGGCUGUUGGCUGGGGGACCGAGCAAAGAGCCAGGGCCUCAGCCUGGUCUCCAGGGUAGUGUGCCUCCUCCUUUGCUUCCUAUCUGUGUGAGCCCCAGGGGGCUGAAAACUCUCGCUGUGUGUGUGCGUGUGUAGCCAGUGUGAGGGGAAGCCCCUGGGGGCUACCUCUCAGCACCACCUUAGGAAUGAAUAAAGCUGACUCCUCCUGUCCUGCAGCAAGUGCUGAUGUCCGGUCCUUCCCCUGCGGGGCCGUGGGGGCUCCUGGCCCCGGCUCUCAGGUGAGCCUCAGGCAGGUGGGGUUGUUGGAGAGAAGAGGGGAUGGUGCAGCCCCCCACCUGGCUGUAGCAUUGGGCAUUCCCACCCUGGGUCUUUGCCUUUCUUGAAAUGGUCCCCGUGGGUGCCCAGCUCGGUGUCUUGCGAUGAGCCCAAUGGCUGGGAGGAGGCUGUU